AUGAGUCACGGCGAGUGCGCCCUGGCCCUGACGGCCCCCACCACGGAGCCCAACGCAGUGGCCCCCAAGGCCAUGGAGCUGGUCCUGGUCAAGGAGCAAAACGGGGUGCAGCUCACGAACUCCACGCUCAUCAGCCCCCCAAAGACGCCCGUGGGGGCCCAGGAGCGGGAGACCUGGAGCAAGAAGAUCGACUUCCUCCUGUCGGUGAUCGGCUUCGCGGUGGACCUGGCCAACGUCUGGCGCUUCCCCUACCUCUGCUACAAGAACGGCGGCGGCGCCUUCCUGGUGCCCUACCUGCUCUUCAUGGUCAUCGCGGGGAUGCCGCUGUUCUACAUGGAGCUGGCCCUCGGGCAGUUCAACCGCGAGGGCGCUGCUGGCGUCUGGAAGAUCUGCCCGGUGCUGAAGGGCGUGGGCUACACGGUCAUCCUCAUCUCGCUGUACGUGGGCUUCUUCUACAACGUCAUCAUCGCCUGGGCCCUGCACUACCUCUUCUCCUCCUUCGCCCUGGAGCUGCCCUGGACCCGCUGCAAUCACACCUGGAACAGCCCCAACUGCUCCGAUGCCCCUGCCGGCAACACCAGCGCCGGCCCCGGCGACUCCUUCAGGACCACGCCCGCCGCCGAGUACUUCGAGCGCGGGGUGCUGCACCUGCACCAGAGCAGCGGCAUCGAGGACCUGGGCCCGCCCCGCUGGCAGCUCACCUGCUGCCUGGCGCUCGUCAUCCUGCUGCUCUACUUCAGCCUGUGGAAGGGGGUGAAGACCUCGGGCAAGGUGGUGUGGAUCACGGCCACCAUGCCCUACGUGGUGCUCUUCGCGCUGCUGCUGCGCGGCGUCACGCUGCCCGGCGCCCUGGACGGCAUCCGCGCCUACCUGAGCGUGGACUUCCGCCGGCUCUGCGAGGCCUCGGUCUGGAUCGACGCCGCCACCCAGAUCUGCUUCUCACUGGGCGUGGGGUUUGGGGUGCUGAUCGCCUUUUCCAGUUACAAUAAAUUCACCAACAACUGCUACAGAGAUGCCAUCAUCACCACCUCAGUCAACUCCCUGACCAGCUUCUCCUCUGGCUUCGUGGUCUUCUCCUUCCUGGGCUACAUGGCCCAGAAGCACAGCGUGCCCAUUGGGGACGUGGCCAAGGACGGGCCGGGGCUGAUCUUCAUCAUCUACCCCGAGGCACUGGCCACGCUCCCACUGUCCUCGGCCUGGGCGGUGGUCUUCUUCAUCAUGCUGCUCGCCCUGGGGAUCGACAGUGCCAUGGGCGGCAUGGAGUCGGUCAUCACCGGCCUCAUCGACGAGUUCCAGCUGCUGCACCGGCACCGGGAGCUCUUCACUCUCUUCAUCGUCCUGGCCACCUUCCUGCUGUCCCUCUUCUGCGUCACCAACGGCGGCAUCUACGUCUUCACACUGCUGGACCACUUCGCAGCUGGCACGUCCAUCCUGUUCGGGGUGCUCAUCGAGGCCAUCGGGGUGGCCUGGUUCUACGGCGUGCGGCAGUUCAGCGAGGACAUCAAGCAAAUGACCGGGCAGCGGCCCAGCCUUUACUGGCGUCUGUGCUGGAAGUUCGUCAGCCCCUGCUUCCUGCUGUUUGUGGUUGUGGUCAGCAUCGUGACCUUCCGGCCCCCGCACUACGGGACCUACAUCUUCCCCGAGUGGGCCAACACGCUGGGCUGGACCAUCGCCGCGUCCUCUAUGUCCAUGGUGCCCAUCUACGCGGCCUACAAGUUCUGCAGCCUGCCCGGGACCCUGCGGGAGAAGCUGGCCUACGCCAUCGCGCCUGAGAAGGAGCACCAGCUGGUGGACAGCGGGCAGGUGCGGCAGUUCACGCUGCGCCACUGGCUCCUGGUGUAGCGGGACCGGCCCGGCUGCGGGGAGGCGCGGCCCGCCGGGGGG